AUGGUGCUCCUACGACAUCUACACAGCUACACUACAACCGUCCCCGAAACGGGCGUAAUUCGCGAAUAUCACUUUAAUCUCGAGCGGAUCACCGCAUUCUCCGAUGGCCGCGAGCGAUUCGCGCUGGUCAUCAACGACUCCAUCCCUGGGCCCACCAUAAAAGCCGUUGGGGUGAUACCGUGGUCGUCUAUGUCGCAAAUAGUUUGCCGGACAGCGUCAAAAAUGGCACCAGUGUGCAUUUUCACGGAGUGGCGCGCGAUGCAGUACGGCACAACCUGGUAUCAUAGCCACAUUGGACUCCAAGCGUGGGAGGGACUCUUUGGAGGCAUCGUGAUUCAUGGCCCUGCGAGUGAGAAUUACGACAAAGAUCUGGGGGUAAUGUUCUUGAAUUACUGGGAUAUAAGCACAGUUGACGAGCUUCGUGACUAUGCACAGUCAGAGGGACCACCAACGCUGGAUAACGUGUUGAUUAACGGAACUAACGUAUACGGCUCUGAUGAGGGUAACAAAACUGGACGGAGAUGGAACACUACGUUCGUCAAAAGCACAAGCUACAGGCUCCGCUUAGUGAAUGAAGCUGUCGACACACACUCCAAGUUCAUGGUUGAUAACUACACACUCACUGUGAUUGCGAAUGAUCUUGUGCCCACCCAACCGUAUGAGACAACCGUUCUUGAUAUUGCAAUGGGCCAACGCUACGAUGUCAUCAUCACCGCCGAUCAAGCCUCUGUGGCAGACAGUUUCUGGCUCCGAGCAAUCCCGCAAGAAGCCUGCUCUGAAAACGAGUCGUCCGAUAACAUCAGAGACGUCGGCCUACGACUACACGGACUCCUGCUCCGGCGAAGACCCCUCAAACCUCACACCGAUGGUGAACCCGCUAAGCGUCUCAAGCAGCGCCUUCUAUACAAGUCAGAAUCAGUGACACUCGGAACGAACACAGAGAAUCUCUUCCGUUGGAAGCUAAAUAGUACCUCGAUGCACGUUGACUGGACAGAUCCUAUCCUACUGGAGAUAUAUCGCAACCAUUCGGUAUCGACGUUUGCGAAUACUAGUGGCGUCGUGGAGCUCCCCAAAGCAAACGAAUGGGUCUAUGUCGUUAUCGAAACGGAGCUCACCGUUCCCUAUCCCAUCCAUCUGCACGGACAUGUCUCCGUCAUUAUUGCCCAGGGCACGGGAACUUACAAUAGUAGCAGUGACAACCUGAUCGACACACUGGGUGCGGCAAACCUGCCACGUCGCGACACAGCCAUGCUCAAGGAAACUGUGUACCUUAUAGUUGGAUUUUACACUGAUAACCCUGGUGCGUGGCUUAUGCAUUGCCAUAUUGGAUGGCAUACCGAGGAGGGGCUUCGCGAUGCAGUUUAUUGA